UGAACCUGCUGAAGAAAAGCAUGAUGCUGCCACCACCAUGUUUCACCCUGGUUGUGAAAGCACCACCAGUGUUAGUCGCAGCUUGGUGGCAGAACUAACAAUGCACAUUCAUGAGGACUGUCCAGUGUUAGUUUUCAUGUGGAAAAGUUUAAGGAGUGUGAAUUUUUGAUGGUAUACUUCAGUGUCGUUCAGACAUGACCCACAACACUUGAAAGCAGCCCAUGUUGCUCCUGAGACUUAAGGCUGCCGUGUAAAGUGAGAGGAAGCAGCUGGUGUUAUUUUAAACAUAUGAAGGGUGACGGCAACACCCCAGCUCUGAAGGAUUCAUUUUUUUUAUUCAUGCAGCCAUUUCCUGGAGAACAAGAUGUUUAGAGUCUGGGGUUUGGUGGCGUUUCUGUGUCUUCAUCAGAGAACGUUCUGCAGUGCCUUUCAAACUUCACGGGUGGAGGUGCAGUAUGGGGAUCUUGCUGUACUGCACUGUGACGGCUCAGACUUGAAAGAAGAUGGGGUGGUGCACUGGGAGCUAAGAGGAGAGGAUGUGGUAAUUCUACGAGAAGGAGAAGCACAAGUUUCUGAAAAAUUUAAGGGUCGGGUUGAGCUGCCUUCAGAGGAGCAGAUAAGGGAAGGGAACUGGUCUUUGGUCCUCAGAGAAACCAGAUUCCGAGAUGCUGAUAUGUAUGAGUGCAUCUUUGGAGGAGCAACUACUGUAUCAACUGUCUGGCUCUCAGUCAAUGAGCCCCAUGUGAACACGUUCAUCACUACAUUUGAGGACUCUGAGGUGGACCUAGCAUGCUUCAUUAAACCUGAGAGAGAAAACAUAAAGCGUUUUUAUUGGACUAUGAAUGGCAGAUUUCUCAUUCAACAUGACCACCAAACCCUUAGCAUAACGACGUACAAGUUUCCUAAAUCAGUGAAAUUUAAUGAAGAAGAGUUUCAUCUUUAUUUGAGACCAACUAGGAAUGAAAGUGGGAAGUACCAGUGUUGGUAUACAACUGGGGAGUCUGAGAGUCCUAAACUUGCAUUACCUGAAAGCUACACACUAACUGUGGAUGGGCUAACCACUGAUCCUGGUAAUCUUGAUUCCUUUAAAAAAACUACAGAUGUUCUCCCCCCUUCAGAAACAACUUUUGACAUGGAAGAGACAAAUAAAAAUGUCUGGGGGAGCUCUGCUAUAUUUUUGCUAGAUGUGACGACUGCUGCUGGGAUUUCAGAAACACCUACUGGUCAUCUACCAGUUACUUUGGAAAUGUCCACUCAGAUAAUGGAAGCUUUUCACACAGCUACAGAGUCUGUUGAGACAUCCUCAAAAGAAGAAACUAGAACAUCCCAAGAGACGGUGACCCUCCUUUCAGAUGAGGUGAAUGCUGUUGAAGCCACUGGAUUCCCCACUGAGCUUCCUGGUCUACUGGAAGACUCCACCCAGCUGAUUCAAGAUGUUCUCCCCCCUUCAGAAACAACUUUUGACAUGGAAGAGACAAAUAAAAAUGUCUGGGGGAGCUCUGUUAUAUUUUUGCUAGAUGUGACGACUGCUGCUGGGAUUUCAGAAACACCUACUGGUCAUCUACCAGUUACUUUGGAAAUGUCCACUCAGAUAAUGGAAGCUGCAGAGUCUGUUGAGACAUCCUCAGAAGAAGAAACCAGAACAUCCCAAGAGACGGUGACCCUCCUUUCAGAUGAGGUGAAUGCUGUUGAAGCCACUGGAUUCCCCACUGAGCUUCCUGGUCUACUGGAAGACUCCACCCAGCUGAUUCAAGAUGAUGGGAAUCUGCUUCCCAGUGAUCUGACCAACACACAGCAGAUGGAGACCGUUGAGGAAAAAGAGACAUUUUCAGAUAAGGACGACCUGGAUGCAAGUUGGAGUGUUUUGCAGCUUGGGGAUUUCCCCUGGGUUCGGAUUGGGAUCAUUGGUGGAGUUCUGCUGAUCACAGUUGUGGUUCUGUGUGUUCUCAGAGCUCUGAACCAUAUUUAGUUCACAGGAGGGGACAUGGAUCACCGCUUACGAUGCUCAGUUUAGUUAGGGACGAAUCAGUAGAUCAGUGGCCACGACAACCAACACAGCAUAUGCAUGGGAAUAUUUGGGAACUGCAGAAACGGUUGUGUGGAAUUUCUGAAACACAUCGCUCUGUCCUUGUAUGUGAGCCAACAGAGCAGAAAUCAGCAGAUUGCUGUUUGGGCUGCAUAUUCACGUUUACAAAUUCUAAUUCUUUUAACAAUAGCAGAAUAUAACAACUUCUCACUAAAGAGAGUGGAGAAGUCCCAGAUGAUUUAGAAGAUCUAGAUGAUGUGCUGCUUUGUGACACGGCUGUGAUUAAAAUAAAUUCUACUUGCUCUGAUGAAUUAUUUCAAGUUGCUCAUUCCAACUCCUCCCAGUGUAUCUAUAAUUUUCAACGCAGUUUGAAAGUUUCUUGUAUUUAAAACAAUUGAUUAAACUCUAACAGGCGG